UGUCCCGCCCCUGUGAAGGACACUGCGAGUUUAAUGUUGCCUCUGUUCGUCUUCGAUAACCCGGGGACCCAUUUUCCUUAUUUCUUAAAUCUGGCUUUUUGUCUCAGUCCCGAGCACUUUUUGGUCCCCCUUUUCUCCCCGCACUUAUUUAAAUCCCGCUCAAGCAAUUUUGGACUACUGUAGUCUCACCCCACACCCUGAUCUAGGUCCGAGUAACAAGCCAUGCAUCUACCUCCAUCACUACUCCUCCUCCUUGGCCUUCUCUCCUGGAGCCCCAGUGCAUCAUGGGCUGCUAAGGUAAUCGUGGUCCCACCCAUCAUGUUCGAGUCACACCUCUACAUCUUUAAGACGCUGGCCACGGCGCUGCACCAGGAGGGCCAUGAGACUCAUUUCCUCAUUUCAGAGGGCCGAGAAGUGCCCCCCUCCCCUCACUACCACUUCCAGCGCUACCCAGGAAUCUUCAACAGCACCACAGCUGACAACUUCCUCCAAUCCAAAGUGAGCAACAUCUUCUCAGGCCGCCUGACGUUCCUGGAACUCAUUGACAUUCUCGACCACUACUCUCAGAACUGUGAUGCUGUGGUCGGCAGCGUUGAGGUCAUGACCCGGCUCAAGGAGGCCAAGUUUGACCUGCUGCUGGUGGACCCUAAUGAGAUGUGUGGUUUUGUGAUUGCUCACAUCCUGGGCGUGCAGUAUGCCGUGUUCAGCACAGGCCUGUGGUACCCUGCUGAGGUGGGUGCCCCAGCCCCACUGUCCUAUGUCCCUGAGUUCAACUCUUUGCUGACGGAUCGCAUGUCACUGUUCCAGAGGAUCACCAACAUGGCAAUUUACCUGGUGCAGCGCUUUGGAGUCCAUUAUAUUGCUUUGCCCAAGUAUGACCGAAUCAUGAAGAAAUAUGGGGUGAAGCCGCAAGUGCCGAUGGCUGACUUGGUUCAGGGAAGCCGGCUGUGGAUGCUGUGCACUGACAUGGCUCUGGAGUUCCCCAGGCCCACACUGCCUCAUGUGGUAUACAUAGGAGGCAUCCUUACCAAGCCGCCCAACCCACUUCCACAGGAAUUUGAAGCAUGGGUGAAUGACACAGCGGAUCAUGGCUUCGUGGUGGUGUCAUUUGGAGCUGGGGUCAAAUACCUCUCCCAUGAUAUUGCUCAGAAGCUAGCCGGAGCCCUGGCUAGACUGCCCCAGCGUGUGGUCUGGAGAUUCUCAGGAGUCCCACCCAGUAACCUCGGCAACAACACCAAGCUCGUUGAAUGGAUGCCUCAGAAUGAUCUGUUGGGCCAUGCCAACACAAGGGCUUUCCUGAGCCAUGGUGGCCUGAAUAGCAUUUAUGAGGCCAUGUACCAUGGGGUGCCGGUGGUGGGUGUGCCACUGUUCGGAGACCACUAUGACACCAUGACCCGUGUGGCAGCCAAGGGGAUGGGCAUCAUGCUACACUGGAAGACCAUGACUGAGGAGGACCUCUACACAGCCCUCACCAACGUCAUCAACGAUGCCAGGUACCGCCAGCAAGCACUUCUGCUCUCCACCAUUCACAAAGACCAGCCAGGCCACCCUGUGACCAGAGCUGUCUACUGGAUCAACUACAUCCUGCGUCACCAAGGUGCCAGCCACUUGCGAUCCAGUGUUUAUGAGGUCUCCACCUACCAGUACUUCCUGCUCGAUGUCAUUCUCACAGUAGGGGCUGGCUUGGCUCUGAUUGGCUUUGCUCUCUACCGGAUAGGACGAUUGCUGAGUUCAAAGGUCGGGGAGCAGAGCAGAGGAAGUGCUAUCAUUAGGGAUGAAGGCAACAUGGCUAAUGGACAUUGCCAUAGUGACAGUAUGGCUAAUGGGAAGCACAAACGCAAUGGGGCCUUGAGGAACGAGAAGAAGAUGAAUUAGUGUUUUGAAUGGCCACAACGGAGAAGGAGGAAGUUGCCCCGUGGACUCAGCUCUAGGUCCGGUUUACCAGUUUGAUAAAGGAUAUAGCUUGGAGUGAAACCUGUUCCUAGGUCUGCGUUUAGUGGCAACUGAGAGCAAGCAAGAAGCUGUAGGAGGAUACACAAUGCAUUGUGUGGGGACAGAGUAAGGGAUUGGGUGCUCAGAAUCUGCAUGUGUGUGGGUGUGUAUGUGUGUGUACAUGUGUGUAUGCGUGCUGAGGUAAAUUUAACAAAACGCAACAAACUCUAACAACAGCAGCUAUAGCAAUACAACACCAAACAAAUUGGAAAGUCAAUGAGGAAAAAAAAACACAGGAAAGACACUUGGGAAGACGUCUCUAUACAUGGUCCUUCUCUCUGUCCCUCAUUCUCUUCUGUCUUCCUGGCCUUAACCUAUGGAAGGAUGAUGAAGAGGGGAAACCCUGAGCGCCAACCCCUCAUCCUUGAACAAAAUGACAACAAACAAAUAACUCCUAAAAUAUUUAGAAAUUAAUGUUUUUAAUUGCAAACUAUGGCACUGCUUCCACAAGCGUCUGGUAAACUGUAAAUAGAAGACAAAUCUAUUUAUUACUGUACAAACACAUUUUAAUGGUGGAACUUGUUAACCUAUGUUCUUAAUUUAUUUCAUUUAUCAGUGGUAUGAUGGCACAAUGUUACACAUACCCUCCCUCCUCUAAACUAAUAAUAUCCUCAUAAUGUCAUGACCUUCAUUGUAGUAAAUAGACAAAAGAAUUUUUUUUGACUGUCUUUUGACAGCCAUUAAUGUAACCACAGCUCUGUGCUGUCCCAAACUGACUAUCCACAGCAUUCAUGGCGGUCUUGUCUCCAAACUAAUCAAGGGUACCGGGCCAUAGAGAACAUGUACAUCAAAUUUCUCCCUUUUCUCUUGGUAGUGCCAAUGUAGGACUGAACUUUUGCCGUGCACCACCCCCGUCGUCUCUUUAAGAGCAAUUCAGAGACUUAGAUUUGUACCAGUGCAGCUUAGCUCAACUGAAAUCCAUUUGGCUUAGCAAAGUGAAAAGGGUGAUAACGUCAGUGUUCAAAGGGAGUGACAAUAACUACCAGGGAUGCUGUGGAUAGCCAGGACACGAUCAGAAUACACCCAGACAUUGCUCAGAUAGUCGAUCAUUAGUGUAAACAUUUUUGAGUAAGUGUCUUCAUCAGUCGCCCAUAUUAAUUAUGCCUCCCUCAUGAACUUAGUGAUUAGAAAUGAUUGAUUGAUUGCCAGUUUUUUGGUGCACUACUUGACAUUGUGCAUCAUUCCACUCUGAUUUAUUUGUUUGAACGAUUUCAUGGUAAUGACCUUUUAUGUUGACGCUAGAUUAUGAGCACACUGCUCUCAGGUAGUAAUUAUAGAAUUCAUUCAUUCAUGUCAUUUCUCGCUCAACGCUAAAUGUUUGUUAGACUUAGAUAUCAUGUACGCCAUAGGCAGACUAGUGUAAUUUUAUUAACUUGGAGUGUGAAUGGUUCACAUUCUGCAUAUGGCCUUUUUUAAAUGCAAAUACUUGUGUAUGUAGAAUGCUUGAUUAUUGGGGUGUAUGUGUGCUUGGGUUUGUCUCUGCAGCUGUGUGUAGUAGCUCAUUGUACAGCUUUAGACUGGGUAUCUGGGAACACAAGGCAGAUACAGUAUGAUUUAGCCCGCUGCGAGUCAUGAAAAACCAACAGUUACUUGACUUUUUUUUCUAUACUCUGAUAAUAUGUCAUCACAAUGAGUGUAUGUCCGUAGUUAUGAGAAGGACUCCAAAAAAUAUGUAUAGUGAUGGUUAUUUUAUGCUCUGUGUUUUCAGUAAGUCUGAAGUUGUCCGCAUAUAAUUUUUACCUCCAUCCACUCUAAUCCCCUUGACUCUCCUGUCUGAUCACAGAAUCUGAGUUUAUGGAAUUCAUGGCUAGCAUUAAGAUGCUCUGAUUGUCAAUCCUUAAUUUAGAUAAAGGAAAAAAGUAAGUAGAGAGAAUGAGGAACAUUUUUUUUGACAACCUAGGUGCUCCCCACUUGCUCUGUAAUGAAUAAUAAUGUAACAAUGUGAUACUGUUUCCUAUAGGGAAAUUCUUUUUUUUUUUUUUUCUCUCCUUACCUCUCUACAGGCAGAUCAAAGUGUGUAGUCUGUUAUAAAGGAGGGCCACUGGAGCUGGUAGGGAUUCAGUGUCCUACUCAUGCACACUUCAACAGGACAGAUUCUUCCCAUCAUGGGACAUCCUGUUGAGGGAUGGUUUAUCAAAUCGCUAGGCCACCCAAAUAUUCUUCUUCCCACCUCCCAGCAGCAUAGUCCACGUAUCUAUUUAGAGUUUAGUUUUUGCAGAUGGCAACCACAAAGUGCUCACAGCUUAGUAAAGACACUGUUUGCCAAGGUACUAAAACUUGACUCAAGGGCAAAUACAACCAUGUAAGUUUGAAGCAAACAGGAAGGAAAUGCUACAGCUUAACCAAUCAGAGCCGGGGAGGACUUACAACCAACCAACCAGCAAAUGUUGUGUGACAAGUAAGGGAAAGCUUCAACAGAAACUUGAUGUCUGUCCUUUCUCUGUGAGCUGUAUGUGAACCUGCAUGGCCCGGCCCAGCCCUGCUGCAAACAGACUAUUAUACUUGAAUCUUCAUCAUCAUUUUCAUUGUCAUCAUCAUCAUCAUCGUCAUCAUCAUCAUCAUUAUCAUCAUCAUUAUCGUCUUCAUUGUCAUUAACAACUUAAGCUCUUGGUUAUGGUAACUGGGUCUGCAGGUGCUUCACAAGCUAUGAACAGGGAAUGGAGAGAUGGAAAACACUUGGGAAGAAUGUUCUGUUUUUGUUUUUGUUUUUUUGUUUUUUUUUUAAUGAUUUCAGUAUUAAUGAUAUUAUAGCCCAAAUUGUAAUUACCCUACCCCCACCCUCCCACUCCCUUAUUGGUCUGUGUCUUUUGUUUCAGUCUGUUAGCUCUUUGCUCAUGGUGUGUGUAUUUCAGCAUCAACUUGGAUACUUUUCUUUCAUUGUGCUGUCUGCAACAGUGCACAUGCAUAGUCCCUUUUUCUUUAUCUAACACAUACCUUGUUCUCUUGUGCCAGGUUUAGCAGUUCCUAACCUGUGAAAACAAGUUUCUCCCUUUUAUUAAAUUUCAUAUUACUUUGAUUUAAAAAAAAAAAAAAAAAGUCCUCAAUUGUCCUGUCAUGUGUCCAUGUUGUAAAUAGAAUAAUGUAAACAAACAAAAAUACUAAUGCUAAAUAAACAUUACAUAUUUUGUUUGCAGA